AGUGAUUUUUAUCUUUCAAUAUUAGAGCCGGACAAUAGUCUGAGAGAGAGUUUGUCAUUCAUUACAACUAGCAAUGGCUUGCUACACCACAUUUGCUGCAUCACUAAUGGCGAUGGUUGUUGUCCUAGCCGGCGGGGGGCAUUUGCGCACUUCCCUUGGAGCCCCAAUUUGCGGCGACACUCCGGCUACAGAUCAGACCAGUUUCGCGGGUUAUGCACGUAGCGUUCUUGACAUUCUGGUGAAGGACACGGCAAGUUGGCUCCCAGAUAAGUUCAACUAUGACGUGACGAUUCCAGUAGAAGGCGGUCCUGGUUCCGCUUCCGGCACCGGCACUUGUUAUGAUCAGGGACACAAAACUGCCGAGGAUUGCGGGAAAUGCCUCUCACAACUGCAGCCGCAGUUGGAGAAAUGCACAACCACCUCUUCGACCGCAGGAGCUUUCUAUCAAGGAAGGUGCAUGAUUCAACUCUGGGAAAACAAGUACUAGUUGGAUCACCAAAUACAUCGAUUUAUCUUUCAACGUCUGGGAUAUGGCAUUCUUACUUGCAAUACAACACGAUGUGUGUU